GGGAAAGGGGUGAGCGCAGACCAGGAGCAUCCUGGACCAAGCAAAGUCAUGGAUUUUUUCCGACACCUGGCUCUCAGUUUCCAGCUAGUGCUUUGGACAACCACAUCAGUUGCUUUUUCUACCAGAUCAGAUGAGAAAGCCUCUGCUUUCCUCUAUGCACCUCCUAGGCUAUCUCCAAGCAAGAAUCGGAUGAUUUCUUCUGAUCAGUCUUCCCAUUCAGAAACCCCAUGUAACUUGGGAUGGAACUGCUCCUGGGUUACUUCUACCAAUGCUGCAGGAAAGCCAGACUGGUUACUGUCUUCAGUUGUCGCUCUGAUGUCUCAAGAAGAUCAGCAGAUCAUGGAGAACAGUUCAUCCAACAGAGAUCUAGAAGGGGACAUUCUUCUCCUGAACACUAGCAAGCUCACAGGCAGGUGCAUGUUCAGCCUCCACAGCCCUAUCCUGCCUUGGAGCUCUAGUUCAUGUCUGUUGGAGCUGGCGGUGUAUUCAAAGGGCACCACUCUCAGAGGGCUCUCAGCUGAAAUGCGAUAUGUGGACACUAAUCAAAGCAUAGCCAUCCAUCUGCAAGAAGGACAUGAACAAGAUGCCUGGGUGAAAUGGAAAGUACUGAUAGGUUCAAUUGGAAAAAUGGAAAGGCCCUUUGAGAUCAUGUUGCUGUAUUCAGGCUGUAGAGAAAAGAGUGCUGGAAUUUUGGCACUGGGCUCAUUGCAUCUCAGAAACUGCUUUCAUGACAAAGAAGGGCUACAUCUUGCCAAAUAUGAUGACGGUGCCAUUGUCCCCUGCCCACAUAGGAGCUGUGUCAGCCAGCUCCAGGUCUGUGAGUUCAGCACAGAUUGCUCCCCAGAAGAUUCUGAAUCUUUCUGUGCAGACACUUUACCGGCUGGUGCACAUUGUUCUUUUGAGGAAGGUCCCUGUGGCUGGACAUUGGACAGUGAGGCAUAUUUUUCUUGGUCUGUUGGUGGAUUUUCAAAGAUGCAUGAAGAGCUGCUUAGAGGAUCUGCCUUACACACCACUGAAGUUAUAAUGUUGUUUAAAACUUCUUUUCCAGGUCACUAUCUGUAUCUUCACAUAGAUAGCAAUCACACAGGUGGUGUUGCCAAGGCAUAUAGUGCUAAUCUCCCAGCCAGUCUUGCCAAUGCAGUUUAUCAGGUGCAGUUCUCAGCAUACAUUUUUGGCAAUUACAAUGGUACGAUCUCACUCAUUGUCCAAGAAGAGACAGGUGAAAUCAGUGCCCCACCACUGGUGCCACUGGUGUGGGAAAGAGGAGAGAGCUGGAGUGAUCAGUGGUUCCUUAUAACAUUUGAAAUGCCAAGGCUUCAGAACAGCUUUCACCUGCAACUGGUUGCAACUUGGGGCUGGAAUUCACAAGCUGACAUUGCUGUGGACAAUAUUACAUUUGGCCUAGAUUGCUUCUCUAAUGGAAGAAGACAAAGCCAUCCUGAUGAAAACCAACAUUAUCUAUUGGACACCGAUGUACUAGAUGAGCGCCUUUUCAAUCCAUUAGAAGAAACCCUUGCUUUAGGGGAAGCGCCUGUUAUUCAGUGGUGGUUCUCAUCCUGUGGGGCCAGUGGCCCACGAGGGCCAACUCAAGCACAGUGUGAUAACACCUAUUACAACACCAAUGUUUCAGUGACAGUGGAGAAAGAGGGGCUGCUACGUGGAGUGCAAGUAUGGAAAGUACCAGAAUCAAACCAGUACACGAUUUCAGCAUAUGGAGCAGCUGGUGGUAAAGGAGCCAAGAACCACAACAAGCGUUCCCAUGGUGUCUUUAUUUCAGCCAGCUUCCAACUGGAGAAAGAUGAACUUCUCUAUAUCUUGGUGGGGCAACAAGGAGAAGAUGCCUGCCCAGGGGUCAAUUCUCAGACAACACAGAUCUGCCUGGGCGAAUCAUCAGAAAUCGAAGAAGAAUACAAGAAAGAAAGGGGACUAACUGAAUGGGCUGGAGGAGGGGGUGGUGGUGGAGGAGCCACUUAUAUUUUUAGAAAAAAGGAUGGAGCUUUUGAACCUCUGCUCAUUGCAGCAGGAGGUGGAGGGAAGGCUUACAUGAAAUACCAGGAUGGCUCCCUUGAUGAUGUGUUUUUGGAACAGUAUGUGAAUAGCACAGCAGUACCAGGAGUCAAUGGGAAAACUGGGGCAGCAGGUGGAGGUGGAGGUUGGGAAGAUAUUACCCUAUUUCCUUGGGCUGGGAAAUCACUGCUGGAGGGUGGAGAAGGUGGUGAAGCCUGCCAGAAAGCAUUAGUAAAACUUCAGUGGGCCACUUCAGGUGGUUUUGGUGGAGGAGGAGGAGCCUGCACAUCUGGAGGUGGUGGUGGAGGCUACAAAGGUGGUCAUGCCUCUGAAACGGAUGACAUCACAGCCAAUGGGCAGCAUGGUGUUUCCUUUGUCAAUCCAGUUGGGGAGGUCUUCUUGAGUCCCCUGGCAGUUAUAGAAAAUCAUGGGGAAGUGGUCAUUGAAGUCUAUGUGAACUGCAACCAUUGCCAGUCGGGUAUCUGCAAGCAGAGUCCUGACAGCCACCUGCCAAUUUGUAUUUGUGGAGUCGGGGCUGUCUUGGCCAGUGACAAUGUGUCAUGCACAGUCCUCCGAGGACCCAUCUUAGAGGGACGCUUGCCUCUCCCCCUUCUCCUGGCUGUGGUUGCUGUUGUAGUGGUGCUUGGAAUGGCUCUUACUUGUGGCAGCUUAUCAUUUGUUUAUCAUCGUAAAAAGCAGCAGUUGGAAGGGGCCAGAGCCCGACUGCAAAGCCCAGAAUAUAAUCUGAGCAAAAUCCGGACUUCCACCAUCAUGACAGAUUAUAACCCCAACUACAGCUUUGCAGGGAAGGCAGCCACACUCAGUGAACUUAAGGAGAUCCCACGGAAAAAUAUCUCCCUUCUUCGGGCACUUGGACAUGGAGCUUUUGGUGAAGUUUACAAAGGGACAGUGGUAGGAAUCACAGCAGAUCAUAACCCAUUACAAGUGGCUAUCAAGACAUUGCCUGAAAUAUGUUCUGAGCAGGAUGAGAUGGAUUUCCUAAUGGAAGCACUGAUAAUCAGCAAGUUCAAUCACCAGAAUAUUGUUCAAUGCAUUGGAGUAAGCCUCCAGACCUUGCCUCGCUUCAUUCUUUUGGAGCUUAUGACUGGUGGAGAUAUGAAGAGCUUCCUUCGGCAAAACAGGCCUCGGGUGAAUCAGCCAUCUACUUUGACGAUGCAGGACCUGCUCAACAUAGCAAGGGACAUUGCUUGUGGUUGCAAGUAUCUUGAGGAGAAUCAUUUCAUCCACAGGGAUAUAGCUGCAAGGAAUUGCCUUCUGACCUGCACUGGGCCUGGGCGAGUAGCCAAAAUUGGUGAUUUUGGAAUGGCCCGAGAUAUCUACAGGGCAAGCUAUUAUCGCAAAGGAGGACGAGCCAUGCUUCCCGUCAAGUGGAUGCCUCCAGAGGCAUUCCUGGAAGGUAUCUUCACCUCCAAGACUGACACCUGGUCCUUUGGAGUGUUGCUGUGGGAGAUCUUCUCCUUGGGCUACAUGCCUUAUCCCUGCAAAACCAACCAGGAAGUACUAGAAUUUGUCACCAGUGGUGGACGAAUGGAUCCCCCAAAGAAUUGUCCAGGCCCUGUUUAUCGGAUUAUGACACAGUGUUGGCAGCACAGCCCUGAGUACCGACCCAAUUUCUCUACCAUUCUGGAAAGAAUAAAGUACUGCACACAGGAUCCUGAUGUGAUCAAUACAGAGCUGCCCAUUGAAUGCAGCCCAACACCAGAUGAUGAAGGAAGCACUGUAUUGCAUCCAAAUAGUUCAACUGGCAUGGUUCCUUUGCUGGGUAUCCCUACCUGUGCACCUCAGAUGAAUCCCAGAACAUUAGAAGACCAUAAUUCAGGGAACAAAUAUGGGCAAUGCCCACAAGAGCUGCUAGUGGAGAACCUUGGUAACUGGACAGGCAGAGGACCUGGCCUGCCUGGCCUCAGUGAUUCCAGCAAUGUGGCUUGGGCUGAGUCAACCCUAAACCAGAAACUGGAUUCAGCCAACACAAAUCAGCCAACGCAGAUGUUGAAGAACAAAACCAAAAAUCUUUGGAAUCCAACAUAUGGGUCCUGGGUCCUGGAAAGCAUUUGCCAGCCCAGCUCCAAACUCAAUCCAACACAGGAACGUGAAGAUUCUGGGUUUGAUGGGAACUGCAGUUCCUCCCCUAGUUCUCGGGCAUCACCUUCAUCUCCAAGCCAGAGCCAUUCUCCUCAUAUUGAUAUUGGUGGGAUUGAACUGGUGAAGCUACAGAAUUUCCCCUGUGGCAAUGUGAAUUAUGCUUAUGAUGAUCUCUGCUUUGAAACAAAUCGACCUUCAUCUUUAGCAGCAGAGUCAGCCAUGGUCUUGAGGAGUGCCAGUCUGCAUAGAGAAGACAAACUUUUCUCUAAACCAGAGAAGACCUCUAGAGAGAGAGACUCUGGCCUAUCCUUGUCUGAUGAUCUGAGUGUCACACCUGUGUAAGAGGGGAUGCUCUUCCAAAGAAUCAGGCCUUCGCUCUGGGAGUGAGUAUGUCUGCAAGAGCAAUUAAAAUGCCUGGUUUUUGUUGUCUCUCUCCUUCCUGCCUUCCAACAUUUCCCUCUGUUGACCAUGUUCAAGAAACAAAUGGAUUAAUGUUGUCUUGCUCUGGCUGCCAGCACUAUAAAUGCAUAAUGACAUACAUAAAAAUUAUAAAAGUGGUGCCAGACUAUUAAGCAGUCACCAGCAGUUACAGAGCAUAAUGAGGUCCAUGUUACAGUCUAAUGGUCUAUGGAAAGCAGCUACACCCAAUCCAGUGAAAAAUUAGCCCUACCAUGAAUUAGAGUUGGUUAGAAUUAGCAAAACCAUGGGCUACUGCUGUAGGCCAAUGGACUUCAAAAUACUUUCCAGCUGAUUCUUCACUAAGUCUGAUUUACAGGGUAGAAAAUAAAAUCUACUGGGUUUGCAUUGGACACAAUGGCUGAAAGCUAUAAGUAACAACAAGGAAUGGCCAGUAUAUUCACAAUGAAAAGUGGCCAAAGUUGGAGGAAGACACAGAAAGUAUUUGUGUUCUUCAUAAAGCAUUAAAAACUUAGAAAACUAAACUUUCUUUAUUUUAAAGAGCAGGUAAAAUGGAUACCAUCUUUUUUCAUUACUGAAUGCUGAUUUGCACCACAGUCUAGUUCAUUUUUCAAAGCCUGACCCUGGAGGUCUCAGGAGUUACCUGUCAUUGUACCUUGAACUGGACCUUUUCUUUUAAUAGACUACAUAGAAGGAACUGUUUCUUUAAAAAAUCACUCAGUAGUAAUUCACACUCUUAUAGCAACAGGUUUUGUAAACCGAAGAUUCAGGAUGCAACACACACACACACACACACACACACACACACACACAUAUAUAUAUAUAAACUGAAAGUUGUUCUAUGGUGAAAUGUGACAAAGGCCAUUACUUGAAGCAGGAACAUUUUGAUUUUUAGAUACCCUCUGGCUGAAUAAGUAAAGGCUGUUAAUUAUUCUUGUCAUUACCUAACAUCUGCCAGGCAUGUCUAAUAGAUACUUACUAUUGGCAUGGCAAGCUGAGGAGUACAUGAUACACUUCAGAACAUAAACAGAGCUCCUUAAAAGAGAAUCAUUAUAAAAAGCCACAGUAUCUCACAAGUAAUUUCAGGGAUAUCCCCCCCCCCCCCUUUAAAAAUAUCACUAUAAGGCAUCCCUCAUGGAUCCAGGAUCGUUAAUUGCAGGGAAGUAUCAUAGAGCCAGCAGUAGCUUUGGAAUGUCUUGUAAUCUAGGUUCAUGUGUCUCACAUACCUUGAAAGU